AGCGUCUGAUGAUGUUUGUGUUGUUUUCUGCUCGUGCUCAGACUGCAGCGAUGCGCUUCAUCCGAGUCUGUUUUUAUUCCCUAAACCCGUCGAUCACAACGAUAUCGUGAUUUAUCCACCAAUAUCUGUCUUUGCUCAUCGAUGGUCUUAAAAUGGCGAGCUCUUCCUCCAGACCUUCAGUUCAAGGAGGCACAGAGACGGACCGUCUGCUGACCCCUGUGAUGGGAUACGGCUCCGGGGAUCUGAACGGUGGGCGUCCCGUCCUGGACGUGAGCACCCCGGGGUCACAGCCGCGGGCCGAGGAAGAGGAGGAGGCCCUGAGGAGGAAGCUGAAGUACUUCUUCAUGAGCCCGUGUGAUAAAUACAAGGCUAAAGGCCGCAAACCCUUUAAACUGGCCCUUCAGCUGCUCAAGAUCAUCAUAGUCACUGCACAGCUGGUGCUGUUCGGUCUCAGUAAUCAGAUGGUGGUGGCGUUUAAGGAGGAGAACACAGACUCCUUCAGGCAUCUGUUCCUCAGAGACUAUGUGGAUGAUCCGACCGAGCCGCUGUGUGUCCACACGCAGAGAGACGUCUAUGAUCACAUUCACUACGCCAUCAAGCAGUAUCUGGUUCUGCCGCAGACGUCGGUCGGCAGGUACGCAUACGUUCGAGGUUCGGCUGAAAAUGACAGUGCCCUCUAUCUGUGCCAGCGCUACUACAAGAAGGGCACCAUCGACCCGGUUAACGACACGUUUGACAUCGACCCUCACGUCGUCACCGACUGUAUCGGAGUGGAUCCACCACUGGACCCCUCCAAUCCACCGCAAGACCACUACAAGAACAUCACCCUCAAUUUCCAAAAGUUGAUUAAUGUGACUAUCCAGUUUCAGCUGAAGGCGAUAAACAUCCAGACGAUUAUCAAUAAUGAGAUUCCCGACUGCUACACCUUCUCCAUCACCAUCCUGUUUGAUAAUAAGGCUCACAGUGGGAAAGUCAAGCUGAGUUUGCUCAACGAGGCGUCCAUUAAAGAGUGCAGAGACACCAAUGUGUCGGGACACGCGGACAGUUACGCACGCGUGGCCUUCGAUGUGCUGGUGGCGGUGGUCUGCGGUCUGUCUCUGGUGUUGUGUGGGCGCUCCAUCCUCAGAGGAAUCGUCCUGCAGAACGAGUUUGUGUGUUAUUUCCGUCAGUCUCUGGGCCGCUCGGUGAGUUGGAGCGACCGUCUGGAGUUCAUCAACGGCUGGUAUCUGCUGCUCAUCAUCAGCGACGUUCUCACCAUCAUCGCCUCCUUCAUCAAGAUCGCCAUCGAGACCAAGAACCUGUCGUCGUAUGACGUCUGCAGUAUUUUGAUGGGAACCUCCACCCUGCUGGUGUGGGUCGGCGUUUUACGAUACUUCAGCUUCUUUCAGAAAUACAACAUUCUGAUCGUGACUCUUCGAGCUGCGUUUCCAAGCGUGAUCCGCUUCUGCUGCUGCGCUGCUGCUAUUUACUUGGGCUACUGCUUCUGUGGCUGGAUCGUCCUGGGACCCUACCACGCUAAAUUCCGCUCUCUCUCUACGGUGUCCGAGUGUCUGUUUUCCCUCAUUAACGGAGACGACAUGUUUGCCACGUUCUCGGAGCUGGAGCAGAGCGGGAUGCUGGUGUGGGUGUUCAGUCAGAUCUAUCUCUACACCUUCAUCUCGCUCUUCAUCUACAUGGUGCUGUCGCUCUUCAUCGCACUCAUAACCGGAGCCUACGACACCAUCACCCAUCAAGCCCAUGAGGUUCCUCACGUGUGUGAGCUUCACCGGUUCAUCGCCGAAUGCACCGACACACCGACCUCCGGAAACUUCCACAGCCCAGAGCCGUCCACGUGCUCACUCCUCUGCUGCUGCAACUAGAGAGACUGUGCCUGUGAAGGGGAUUCUGGGUAACAUUACUCGUCCGGCUCACACAGGAA